CCGGUUGCCUUCUUCCCCAAACAAGGACCAGAUCGCAUCUAAACCCAAAUCAACAAACAUCUUAGGAAAGAAGAAACAUGGCUAGAUACGAUCGUGCCAUCACUGUGUUCUCGCCGGAUGGCCACCUUUUCCAGGUGGAGUACGCACUGGAAGCAGUCCGCAAAGGAAACGCCGCCGUCGGUGUCCGCGGCACAGACGUUGUUGUUCUAGGCGUCGAGAAGAAGUCCACCGCUAAACUUCAAGAUUCCAGGUCAGUAAGGAAGAUUGUAUCGCUGGAUGAUCACAUUGCUCUGGCUUGCGCUGGAUUGAAAGCAGAUGCUCGUGUCUUGGUUAAUAGGGCUCGUAUUGAAUGUCAGAGCCAUAGGCUUACCGUUGAGGACCCUGCAACUGUUGAGUAUAUAACGCGUUAUAUCGCAGGACUGCAACAGAAAUACACACAAAGUGGUGGUGUGAGACCAUUUGGCCUUUCAACAUUGAUUGUUGGUUUUGACCCAUACACGGCCGUACCGUCUCUCUAUCAGACAGAUCCAUCAGGAACAUUUUCGGCAUGGAAAGCCAAUGCCACAGGGAGGAACUCAAACUCAAUGCGGGAAUUUCUGGAGAAGAAUUAUAAAGAGACUUCUGGACAGGAAACAGUGAAGUUAGCAAUUCGUGCUUUGCUUGAAGUUGUUGAAAGUGGUGGGAAGAACAUUGAGGUUGCUGUGAUGACAAAGGAGCAUGGACUACGCCAGCUCGAAGAGGCUGAAAUUGAUGCCAUUGUUGCAGAGAUUGAAGCGGAGAAAGCUGCAGCUGAAGCUGCAAAGAAGGCCCCUCCAAGAGAAACCUAGUUCUGCAGUCAUUGAAUUUAUAUUCUAUGUAUCCUCCUCUCUUAAAUGGUCUUUUAACAUUAUUGACUCUUCUUGAUUUCAGGGCUUCUCCAUCCUUGCUCUUUUGGUGUGCUAUCUAGUGAUUUCUAAGUUUGUCAGACAGGUUAAACAUGCUAUAGACAGUUUCUUUUUCUCCUUAUUAGGACUGCAGUUAUCAUUGCAA